AUGACUCAUGGGCGAAGCGUUGCGUCGUACACGCAUGGGAUGCGCUGCUAUGGGGAGAACUGCCUGGUCUUGCUUGUCGAGUGGCGGGUGGUGCAGUGGGGGCCCCAUAACGACAGUCUGUUUUGCACCGCACACGUCAAGAGCCCGCAAAACGCGGCAGGGGGACAAGUCGCUGUCGCAUCGUGGCCUGAGGGGGGCUAUCGGCGAGGAGAAUCUGUUGGAGCCUGGCGCACAAAGUGCGAGGCAGCCGGGACGCGUCAAGACGGCUGGAUGGUCGGUGGCGUGCUCGUGGCGCCGGUGGUGGAGCAGCACUGUCGGCGCGCCCACCCUGCGACAAGUCUGGGCUAUUCAUCAGCCUCAUCACCCUUUUACCUGGACAUCUAUUUUACUUCCACAAAUAUCAUUGUUUCAUACAAAGAACAGAAACCCCCCAGCCCCAGAAAUCUUCUGAGUAUUGUGGGAUUCCAUUGGCGGGUGUACAGCAAAAGUCCUAUUCAGCUGUCCGCAGAAAGGAUUUUACUGCCUCUACAGCAAGUCCAGCUUCCUUCUCAACAGUCAGCAGCCUCAGCUGUGGAUUUACAUCAUGUUCCUCUCCCAGCAGAGCGAUUCCACGAGCCCUUAUCCUCACAAGACGCCUCAGUACGAGUCCUGAAAGCCCUCUGGGAGAAGGCACAGCUGAGGGGGACGCACAGCUUUGAGACGGCGAUGACACAGACUAUUCAUUAUCAGAAGGAUCUGGACAGCCUGCAGAUGCACCUCGCCGAGGUGAGGUUUUUUGACCUGUUUGGCUACAGUGAGGAAGUGGGAAGGUGGCAAUGUUUCAUGUGCAAUAACCCAGAGAAGGCAGCAGUUGUAAAUGAGGACGGCCAACCACUCAUCGAGGGCAAGCUGAAGGAAAAACAGAAAGAUGACCCUGACGACUGCCCGAUUGAACUCAGCAAAGUGCAAAGUGUGAAGGUGAUCGCCAAGAAGCGGAGAGAGCGGGGUCUUCCUCGAGCCUUUGAAAUCUUCACCGAUAACAAAACGUACAUCUUCAAAGCAAAGGACGAGAAGAAUGCUGAGGAGUGGCUGCAGUGCAUUAAUGUUGCCGUGGCUCAGGCAAGGGAGAGAGAAAACCGAGAGGCGACCACGUACUUAUGAAGGGAGGAGGGAGAACGCCGUUAACAUAGGCUAGCGAUAAAGUGGAUACAGUCGAUGUGGAGAGGAUAUGACCACUAGUGGGACGGAGAGUCUAGGACCACAGGUCAGAGCCUCAGAAUUGAAGGACGUCCCUUUAGGAAGGAGAUGAGGAAGAAUUUCUUUAGUCAGAGGGUAGUGAAUCUGUGGAAUUCUUUGCCACAGAUGGCUGUGGAAGCCAAAAUUGAUAUUUUUAAGGCAGAGAUAGAUAGAUUCUUUAUUAGAGUCAGGGGUUAUGGGGAGAAUGCAGGAGAAUGGGGUUAAGAGGGAAAGACUUGAUGGGCCGAAUGGCUUAGCUCUGCUCCUAUCACUUGAAAAUAACCAUCCUGAUGAAUCACUACAGUACACAGUAGAAAUAAGGAACCGUAGAUGCUGGUUUAUUCAAAAGGAUACAACAUGCUGGAGUAACUCAAUGGGUCAGGCAGCGUCUCUGGAGAAGUUCCUAAGUUCCUGAGUUAUAGGACCAGCAUCUCUCCCUCUCAACCUCAUUCUCCUGCCUUCUCCCCAUCACCCCUCACACCCGUACUAAUCAAGAACAUGGAUAGGUGAUAUUUCAAGUUGAGACCAUUCAGUCUGGAAAAAGAGUUUCUGAUCCAAAAUGUCACCUAUCCAUUAGAUCGACACAAAGUGCUGAAGUAACUCAGCGGGUCCAGCAGCAUCUCCGGAAUAGGUGACGUUUUGUGUCAGGUCCAUUCUUCAUUUCGUCAGACUGACCUAUCCAUGUUCUCCAGAGAUCCAGCCUGAGUCGACGAGUUACUCCAGCACUUUGAGGCCUUAUUUCGUAUGUAGAUUCGGCAGACCUAUAGAAUAAUUUGUCAUAAAGUGGAAACAGGCCCUUCGGCCCAACUUGCCCACAUUGGUCAAUGUGUCCCAUCUAUGCUAGUCCCAUCUACCUGCAUUUUGCCCAUAUCCCUCUAAACCUGUCUUGCCCAUGUAUCUACCUGUUUCUUAAACAUUGAAAUAGUACGUGCCUCAACUACCUCCUCUGGCAGCUCGUUCCAUACACCCGCCACCCUUUGGGUGAAGAAAUUACCCCUCAGAUUCCUAUUAAAUCUUUCCCCCCCUCCCUCACCUUAAACCCAUGUCCUCUGAUUCUCAAUUCCCCAACUCUGGGCAGGAGGCUCGGGGCAUCUAUCCGAUCUACUCCUCUCACGAGAGGAAUGUCUUACAGUUAGUUCACAUAACUAAUCAAGAUGAUUCGCCAGCGUGUCUUAAUCUUGAAACGAGAGAGAGUAAUUGUGGUGGGAGAGAGUAACUGCAGGUUGGGGUGGCAUUCACCUGUUCACUGCCAAGUUUUCACUAUUGGCCAUGACCUGAGUAUACUCGGGUGUGGCACUGAACAGGUUAAAUAUUAUCAUCUGGUAAAAUGACAUCAAAAAUGUCAAAUCAACAGUACUAUAGAAGCAUAUAAAAGGCAUUGGACAGGAUAGAUGCAGGAAAAGUCCAGAACCAGGGGUCACAGUUUAAGAAUAAGGGGUAAGCCAUUUAGGACUUCUUCUAGUGUAUGGCGUGCACAGCCUAAAGUUGUAGGACAACUAGUUCUAUUUGAUCUUAUUUGAUUGUGCACGCCAGGUCGAUUGCAUUCAUCGUAGCAGGACGGACCACGUGAAGGUUGCAAUCUCCCCCCCCCCAUUUCGGACUGAGAUGAAGUAAAAGUUUUUCACCCAGAGAAUUGUGAAUCUGUGGAAUUCUCUGCCACGGAAGGCAGUGGAGGUCAAUUCACUGGAUGUUUUCAAGAGAGGAUUAGAUAUAACCCUUAGGGCUAACAGAAUCAAGGGAAAUUGGGAGAAGGCAGGAACGGGAUACUGAUUUCAGAUGAUCAGCCAUGAUCAUAGUGAAUGGCGGUGCUGAUUCGAAGAGUCGAAUGCCCUACUCCUGCAUCUAUUUUCUAUGUUUCUACAAUGAACUGGAACAAGCACCUAGAUGAAUGAUUACAGCACGUGAUUUUUAAAUAACUCAACCCUGUUUAUAUAGUUUUGUAUUUCUGAUUUCUCUUUAAUUGUAGCAAUUGGCUGCAUGUUCCACUGUGUAGAUAUUUUGCAGAUAUGCAGAACUGGAAAUUUUUGUUCCUUACAAUAAAAAACAAAAUCCCUCAUUCCCAUCAUGACUAUCUAUUUUU